AUGUGUACUAACAAUAAUCCUUUAUAUCUGAAUAACAUUUUUGAUGAGACCCAUCCAGAAUUAAUAGAUUUACAUGAAAAUUUACAAGAAUUCCAAAAUGAUUUUAUGGAAACUUCAUCUGAAGAUAUUGAAACAGAAAAUAUUAUUGAGACCAAUGUGAUAGAAGAUUUUGAUGAUGACUUUGAUGAUGAAAUAAAUAAUGAAGUUUUUUCAGAAAUAGAAAUUAAAAAAUUUGAAAAAAUUUACAAUAAUGAACCAAUUGAAGAGUCAGAAAUUAGUGAAUUGGAAGCUGAGAAAGAAAAAUUAAAUAGAAAAAAUGAAGAAGCAAAAAAUUAUAUUAUAAACAUACUUAAAAAAAAAUGUUAUCAACAGAAUAUGUUUCUUUUGGGAAUUAUUUCAACAUCAACCAGAAAUUCAAUAACCUCAACUAGUGAUUAUAUGACAAUGGCUUUUGUGUUUGAUGGUAUAGCAAUAUGCAAUAAUGCUUUUUUAAAAUUAUAUAAUUUAUCAUAUGAUAGAUUAACUGCUUUAAAGAAUCACUAUAAAAAUAAUGAUAUUGUACCAAAGGUACAUUUGAAUAAAGGAAGGAAUGUUUCUCAUAAGCUCUCUUUUGAAACAGUAUUAAAAGUGCUUACUUUUUUAAAAAGUUAUGCAAAUUUGAAUGGUUUACCAUCACCAGGUCGCCAUUUUGAAAGAGCUACAAAAGCAAUUAUUUAUUUGCCUACAAGGGAUAACUACACAGAAAUACAUGAAAAAUUUUUAAAUGAUAUUGGAACUGGAUCAGAACAUCAUAUUAAUGAAAAUCAUUUAAAUGCUGG